AUGCAUUCAUUUUAUCCAUUAUAUAUUGAGAACAACUUUCCCUAGCUUCAAUCAACUCACUUUGGGAUUAUUUUGGCUAUAUUUGAGGUCGCAAAUUUGGUAACUUCUCUAGUACUUGGAAUGUAUAUUGGCUAAGUAAAGAGGAAAAAUCUGAUUAUCUUUUCAUAUUUCAUUUUGUUUUUGGGGACAUUAGCUUUUACUGGUUUACCUCUAUUGAGAUCUGAGCAAUAUAUGACGUUUUUCAUUCUUAGCUUGGCAUUUAGAGUCGUUCAAGGUACUGCAAGUGCUGCUAUUCAAAUAUGUGCUUAUUCCUUUGCUACCAACGAGAUGAAUAAUGAAAAAGAAACUUACAUCGGAUAUGUUGAAAUGGCUUUAGGAGUAGGUGAUAUGAUUGGUCCUGCUAUUGGGAGUAUUAUUUAUGAUUAUUCGGGUUUCACUGGUGCAUUCAUAUGUUUUAGUGGUAUGGUGAUGGUGGGAAUUAUUCUGUCAAUUGUACAAAUUCCAAAUACUUUAAAUAAGCGAAGUGAAACUAGAUCAGUUGAGAAUGAAUCUGAAUCUGAUAAUUUAGAUGCAAUUGAAGAUCAAACUGAUUCCUAAUAAUCUCGUGAAUAUCAAGAUCUAAGGUAUAUAGAUUUCUUAACAAAUAUUGAAUGCUUGGUGUUGCUACUAAGUGCAUGCUUCUCAGUGGUAUUUACUCUCUAUAUUGAUGUAAUAUUGGCUGUAUAUAUUCAUUCCCAUUAUGGAAUAAAGUAGAAUUUGAUUGGACUAUUCUUUUUCCUGCCUUCAAUUUUUUAUGUGAUUGGGGCUCCUCUUAGUGCUUGGCUAUCAAGAGUAAUUCAUAAAAGGUAUGUUGUGCUAAUAUCAUUCAUUCUUAUGGUGUUUCAAUCCUUUUGUGAAGGUCCAAGCUAGCUCUUUGGAAUGCCUAACUCAAUAAUCCUGAUUAUUGUAGGAGUUUCGAUUCUUGGUCUUUGCUUAUCAAUGGCUUUAGUUCCAUUGCUAUCUGAACUCAUUGAAAUUUUAGAAGGAAUGGAUAAGUAUGAUCCAGAUUAAAUCAGUGAUAUCACCUCAGGGUUAUUCAACUCUAUGUUCAAUCUAGGAAAUCUGCUGGCACCUCUGAUUGCAGGUAUAUUAAAUGAUUCUCAUGGAUAUGUUUACACCUGCGAUUUCAUGAUGAUUACUGCUGCUAUUUACUGUGUAUUUUUCUACUUUACCAUGAUAUUCGGAAGAAAACUUACUUGA